AUGUUGUCCUCCGUGCUGUUGGCUGCGUGGAAUGGCUAUGGCCUUGCAAUAUCCUUUGUAUGUGUUGGUGUGAUUGUACUUUUUUGGUGGAAAAAACAACAGGGUAAAUCUAGCCAUGCUUCGUUCCUAUCAGCUACUUUGCUUGGUGGAGACACCAAAUCUGAAGCAGAUUAUCGAGGGGACAGUAAAUUGCAGAUCAAAGAUUUUGAACGACAUAGACGUCAAAUACCGAAACGUGUCAAUGGUAACAAAAUUCGUACCACACCAGCGAAAGUUGGAGGCGGUCAUACGAGGAUUCAACCGUUGUUUUUCUUCUUUUCGUUGACAGGCUCGACCAAUAGACGAGCGGAGAAAGCUUUGCAGAGAGCAAGUGAACAUUUUAAGAGGCAGGACUCCUCGAUUUUGGAACCACAAUUGGUUGAUCUUGCUGCAAUUGAUCACGAGGACUUUUUCGAGCAUGCACCUAUGCUUCACCAGUCUCAAGAAAUAAUAAAAUAUUUCUAUCUGCUUUUGAUUCCUUCCUAUGACAUAGACACAAUAUUAGAUAGCGUCUUGAAGCUGUUUGAAGAUAUCCACAAUGACUUCCGUAUCGACACAGCCCCUUUGUCUUGCCUGGCGGGGUAUUCAGUAUUUGGAUUGGGAGACAAAGAUGGUUGGUCGUCUGUGGCCAAUGGUUUCUGUUCUCAAGCACUUGAUUUCGAUAGGUGGAUGGCAAAAUUGACAGGGCAGAAGAGAGCUUUUCCGGUGGGCAUGGGAGAUGUGAAAUCGGAUGCUGAUGCCAGGUUUGACGAAUGGACUGCUGGAGUUCUAAGUACACUGACCGACGUUGCGGCAAGUGGAAGCCUAGGCGAAGGCGUCGUUGGUAGUGGUGAAGCUUUUGAGAGCGACGAAGAAGAUAUCAAAACUCCAAACUCUAAUCAUUCAGAGCGGUCCCAAAAGGGUAGACCCUCAAGUAUAGGGGACCUGGAAGAUAUCGGAGGUAAAGCUCCAGGGUCCUCACCACUACCCAUUGACUUCACCACUUCAUUGCAGCCCCAAGGUCCCAAGCCUAUGGUCCCUAUCAGCUCCCCAACAUACACUGCACUCACCAAGCAAGGCUACACGAUAAUCGGGACACACUCUGGCGUCAAAAUAUGUCGAUGGACAAAAUCCGCCCUUCGUGGUCGUGGUUCCUGCUACAAAUACUCCUUCUAUGGCAUUCAAUCCCAUCUCUGCAUGGAAACCACGCCUUCGUUGUCAUGCAGCAACAAAUGCGUUUUCUGCUGGCGGCACGGCACAAACCCCGUUGGUACAAGCUGGCGAUGGCAGGUCGACCCGCCUGAAAUGAUCUUCGAGGGCGCAAAGGAGGGUCAUUACAAGAAAAUCAAGAUGAUGCGUGGCGUCCCCGGCGUCAGAGCCGAGCGCUUCCAAGAAGCGAUGAGAAUACGGCAUUGUGCUCUCAGUUUGGUGGGAGAGCCGAUCUUUUAUCCCCAUAUCAACGAAUUUGUUAGCAUGUUGCACAGAGAAAGGAUAUCGAGCUUUCUGGUCUGUAAUGCACAGCAUCCUGACCAACUUGCUGCACUGAAGCCAGUGACGCAGCUCUAUGUGUCUAUCGACGCUAGCAACGCUGAGUCUUUGAAAAAGAUCGACAGGCCGCUGCAUAGGGACUAUUGGCAGCGUUUCACACGGUGUUUGGGCAUCUUGAGAGAGAAGCGGAUGCAGAUGCGGACGGUGUUCCGGCUUACGCUUGUGAAGGGUUUCAACAUCGAGGAAGAAGUCGAAGGUUAUGCCGAUCUAGUUGCAAAAGGCUUACCCUGUUUCGUUGAAAUCAAAGGUGUGACCUAUUGUGGUACCUCGACCUCAGCGUCCGCGGGUCUCACGAUGCAAAAUGUUCCUUUCUAUGAAGAGAUCGUAGCUUUUGUUGAAGCACUGAACGUAGCUUUGGAACGGAGAGGGCUGGAUUAUGGAAUCGCGGCUGAGCAUGCCCAUAGUUGCUGUGCACUCAUCGCUAGUCGUCGGUUCUUUGUGGAGGGAAAGUGGCACACUCUUAUUGACUAUGAGAAGUUCUUUGAGCUCUGGCAGAAGGGACGCAAGUUCAGUCCAGAGGACUACAUGGGCCCACCAACCCCAGAAUGGGCGAAUUGGGGUAAUGGUGGUUUUGAUCCGAGAGAUCAAAGGGUAGAUCGAAAAGGUAGAGCUAUCGCCACAUAA